CACCACCUGCGGAGAAAAUGGUAUGCGAGGGAAAGCGAUCAGCCUCUUGCCCGUGUUUCUUCCUCCUGACGGCCAAGUUCUACUGGAUCCUCACAAUGAUGCAAAGAACUCACAGCCAGGAGUAUGCCCAUUCCAUACGCGUGGAUGGGGACAUCAUUUUGGGGGGUCUCUUCCCUGUCCAUGCAAAGGGAGAGAGAGGGGUGCCGUGUGGGGAGCUGAAGAAGGAAAAGGGGAUCCACAGACUGGAGGCCAUGCUUUAUGCAAUCGACCAGAUUAAUAAGGACCCUGACCUCCUCUCGAAUAUCACUCUGGGUGUCCGGAUCCUUGACACAUGCUCCAGGGACACCUAUGCUCUGGAGCAGUCGCUAACGUUUGUGCAGGCGCUGAUAGAGAAAGAUGCUUCGGAUGUGAAGUGUGCUAAUGGAGACCCGCCCAUUUUCACCAAGCCUGACAAGAUAUCUGGAGUCAUAGGUGCUGCAGCCAGCUCCGUGUCCAUCAUGGUUGCUAACAUUUUAAGACUUUUUAAGAUACCUCAAAUCAGCUAUGCAUCCACAGCCCCUGAGCUAAGUGACAACACCAGGUAUGACUUCUUCUCUAGGGUGGUCCCGCCUGACUCCUACCAAGCACAAGCCAUGGUGGACAUUGUGACGGCCCUGGGAUGGAAUUACGUGUCGACACUGGCUUCUGAGGGCAACUAUGGAGAGAGCGGUGUGGAGGCAUUCACUCAGAUUUCGAGGGAGAUUGGUGGUGUUUGCAUUGCUCAAUCACAGAAAAUUCCACGUGAACCAAGACCUGGAGAAUUUGAAAAGAUUAUCAAACGCCUGCUAGAAACACCUAACGCCCGGGCAGUGAUUAUGUUUGCCAAUGAAGAUGACAUCAGGAGGAUAUUGGAAGCAGCAAAAAAAUUAAACCAAAGUGGGCAUUUUCUCUGGAUCGGCUCAGAUAGUUGGGGAUCCAAAAUAGCACCGGUUUAUCAGCAGGAGGAGAUUGCAGAAGGGGCUGUGACGAUUUUGCCCAAAAGAGCAUCAAUUGAUGGAUUUGAUCGAUACUUUAGAAGCCGAACUCUUGCCAAUAAUCGAAGAAAUGUGUGGUUUGCAGAAUUUUGGGAGGAGAAUUUUGGAUGCAAGUUAGGAUCACAUGGAAAAAGGAACAGUCAUAUAAAGAAAUGCACAGGACUGGAACGAAUUGCCCGGGAUUCAUCUUACGAACAGGAAGGAAAGGUGCAGUUUGUAAUCGAUGCAGUGUAUUCCAUGGCUUAUGCCCUGCACAACAUGCACAAAGAUCUCUGCCCUGGAUACAUUGGCCUUUGCCCACGAAUGAGCACCAUUGAUGGGAAAGAGCUACUUGGUUAUAUCCGGGCUGUAAAUUUUAACGGUAGUGCUGGGACACCCGUCACUUUUAAUGAGAACGGAGAUGCUCCUGGGCGCUACGAUAUCUUCCAGUAUCAAAUCACCAACAAGAGUACAGAGUACAAGGUCAUUGGGCACUGGACCAAUCAGCUCCACCUAAAAGUGGAAGACAUGCAGUGGGCUAGCAGGGAACACACGCACCCUGCGUCUGUCUGCAGCCUGCCCUGUCAGCCUGGGGAGAGGAAGAAAACGGUGAAAGGGGUCCCUUGCUGCUGGCACUGUGAGCGCUGUGAGGGUUACAACUACCAGGUGGAUGAGCUCUCCUGUGAACUUUGCCCUUUGGACCAGAGACCGAACAUCAACCACACAGCCUGCCAGCUUAUCCCCAUCAUCAAGCUCGAGUGGCACUCUCCCUGGGCGGUGGUGCCUGUGUUUGUUGCCAUAUUGGGAAUCAUCGCCACCACUUUUGUGAUCGUGACCUUUGUCCGCUAUAACGACACCCCUAUUGUGAGGGCUUCAGGACGCGAACUUAGCUAUGUGCUCCUCACAGGGAUCUUCCUCUGUUACUCCAUCACCUUCCUAAUGAUCGCAGCACCGGAUACCAUCAUCUGCUCCUUGCGGCGGCUCUUCCUGGGACUCGGCAUGUGUUUCAGCUACGCAGCCCUUCUUACCAAAACAAACCGAAUCCACCGGAUAUUUGAGCAGGGGAAGAAAUCCGUCACAGCACCCAAGUUCAUUAGUCCGGCAUCCCAGCUGGUGAUCACCUUCAGCCUCAUCUCCAUCCAGCUCCUGGGAGUGUGUGUCUGGUUUGUUGUGGACCCCCCACACAUCAUCAUCGACUAUGGCGAGCAGCGGACUCUAGACCCAGAGAAUGCCAGAGGCGUGCUCAAGUGUGACAUCUCCGACCUCUCGCUCAUUUGUUCACUGGGGUACAGUAUCCUCUUGAUGGUCACCUGUACUGUUUAUGCCAUUAAAACGAGAGGUGUUCCAGAGACUUUCAACGAAGCCAAACCUAUCGGAUUUACCAUGUAUACCACCUGCAUCAUUUGGUUAGCCUUCAUUCCCAUCUUUUUUGGUACAGCCCAGUCGGCAGAAAAGAUGUACAUCCAAACAACAACACUUACUGUCUCCAUGAGUUUAAGUGCUUCGGUGUCUUUGGGCAUGCUCUAUAUGCCCAAGGUUUAUAUUAUAAUUUUUCAUCCAGAGCAGAACGUUCAAAAACGCAAAAGGAGCUUCAAGGCCGUGGUGACAGCUGCCACCAUGCAAAGCAAACUGAUCCAAAAAGGAAAUGACAGACCCAAUGGCGAGGUGAAAAAUGAACUCUGUGAGAGUCUUGAAACCAACACUUCCUCUACCAAGACAACAUAUAUCAGCUACAGCGAUCAUUCAAUCUGAAACAGGGAAAUGAUACACUAUGAAGAAAUCUGGUAUGUGAUCUCAAACAAUGAACAUGACUCCACCAAGACUCACUCCUGGAGAUCUCUUGGGACUACAGUCAAUCAAAUCCAUAGUCAAUCUUGUGAGGAACAAAAAGUAGCCAUGAGCCAAAAAUA